AUGAAGUCGUCGUUCACCGUUGCCCUACCCGCCAUGGCUGCCGUUGGCGCCUUCGCCAACGCCCACUCCAACUUUCACCAUGUUCGCGCCCCCAUGCCUGCUGAAACAGGCAUGCCCCGAACUGGUGUAGCCACGGUCCAGGGCUGCUUUUCAAACGUAGGCAACAUGACCGCCGUGACGGUCGACCCCACGUUUCUCUCCAGCGGCAAGUGCGGCGAGGCUUGCAAAGGUCUCGACAAACCGGUUUGUGCUAUUGGGCCUCAGAAAUGCUACUGCGGUGACGUCUACCCAGCCAAGAACGACGCAAUUGAUUCGUCAAAGUGCGACUACCCGUGCAAUGGUUUCGAUAAGGAGAUGUGCGGUGGUAUCACAGAUGCCUACUCGAUUUACAACCUAGGCAGCAACUUGUCUCCCGGCUACUACCCCGAUUCUUCCUCCGCUUCAUCAUCCGCUUCCUCGGCCUCUUCGACAGCUACGCAGAGCAGUUCCUCGGCAGCAUCGUCGUCCACUGCUGCAGUCUCGAGCUCACCGAGCGCAGACACUAAAAAGCCUGAGAAAUCCAGCGGUGGUCCCAACACAGCUGCUAUUGCAGCUGGUGUAGUCGUUGGUGUUGUGGUCGCUGCUGCCAUCAUCGGUGCCAUCAUCUUCUUCAUCCGCCGAAAGCGCAACGCCGAAAUCGAAGAGGAGCACCGCCGCAAUGCCGCUGUCAAUGCCUUCAUCAGCGGAUCCAAGCCUCCCAGCACCUCUGGCGGCAUUUCCAUCACCGACUCGCGUCUUGACCCUUCCCUGGCUCACCGUCGUCUGAGCGAUGGCAGCAUAGCCGAUAACCAGGAUUACUCUCGCAAAAUCCUCAGGGUCACCAACGCAUAA